GAUAAGUUGAUGCGAAAAGUCAAACACAAAUAAUGGGGGCGACAAGAAAUUGAGGACGUCUGCAGAUCUCAUAAUAAAUUACUUUUUAUUUUUAUAAAUUAGUUGCUAUACGUUUUCACCAGGCGAGUUCGCAGCUGCCCGUCGAUACAAUUGAGGUUAAGAUCCUGAAAUGGAGUUUAACGGUUGCGAGAAAGCUGAUCUAAAUGGUUUAGUAAAAAACAUUGUCAAAAUUCUCUUAUCUACUUCUAAGUAUUUCCACUGUCCAUUCUGUGCCGAUGAAUAUUUGUUUGAAUUCACCCUUCGACAUCAUUUACUAAAGAAUCAUGAAGCAGAUCUUGCUACAAUUGUCCAGUCUCCGGAUUCCAGUAUUAAGUUUUGCGAUAGCAACAUCUGUCCGUAUUGUGGUGCAUUAUUUUAUUACUUGUCAGCGCUACCGAAACACAUCAUGAAUAGCCACAGUCGAGAUUGUUUGAUAAAGUGGCAAACAAUUGUGAGGGAAAACAGUUUGCAGAGGAAAUUUAUCACAGAACCAAGCAUCAAAUGUGUUCCGUGUUCUCCAGGGUUAAGUGAUUUGUUCGAAGAGCUUAAUGCAGGCAACGGAUCAAGCAGAAAGAAAAAUCGAACACACCGGAGGGAGGCAUCGCCGCUGUACAAGUCUGCUCUGAAAAAUGCAAACCGAAUCUCAGCAUCCAAACGUUCGGAAUCGUGGGUCAGUUGCGAUUUUGAGUUUAGUACCCACUCUCGCGCCCCCAGUGCGGCACGACGAGAACUUCAGUUCGAUACAGAUCUGCCUGAGAAUGUUUCAACCGAUGUGGGCACGAUUUCAUGCGUAAAGAAAAUAAAACGCGCCCGUAAUCAUUUCAAUCUGAGAGCACUCAAACCGAAAGGUAGCUUGAAAAAGUUUGUUCUGUCCAAGUUCACAAAGAAGUAUCACUGCAAGAUUGUGACCAGCACACCGAACAACUUUCUUGACGACAGUGGAACCUGUACGGCCGAAUCACGACUGCACAAUCAGGAACGUUGGAACCGAAUUCAUUUAGACUGAUUGAAAACAUGUAGAAUGCAACCGUCUCUCUGUCCAAUAGCUAAUUUGUUACCUCGCACAAUGCAAAGGUAUCAAUGCAAGUGAGAUGAUUUUUUUUUAAAUUUAAGUACAAUGAUUUUAUUCUAUAAAAACGGUAUUACUAGAGACAAUAAUAUAUUUCCUACAAUGCGCAAUUAUUUCAGUUAUAAGCAUUAGUA